UUUACAGUCAGACGAGACACUGAGCGAGACACGGCUACGAACAACGACCUUGCCGGAGAAGACGAAGAAGAAGAAGAAGAAGAGCCAUGGUUCACGUCUCGUUCUAUCGCAACUAUGGGAAGACAUUCAAGAAGCCCCGUCGACCCUAUGAGAAGGAGCGUUUGGAUGCCGAGCUGAAACUCGUUGGUGAGUAUGGACUUCGUUGCAAGAGGGAGUUGUGGAGAGUUCAGUAUGCAUUGAGCCGUAUCCGUAACAAUGCUAGGAUGCUUCUGACCCUUGAUGAGAAGAACCCCCGCCGUAUCUUUGAGGGUGAGGCUCUUCUCCGUAGGAUGAACCGCUACGGGCUUCUGGAUGAGAGUCAAAACAAGCUCGAUUAUGUCUUGGCACUGACUGUUGAGAACUUCCUUGAGCGCCGUCUGCAGACACUUGUUUUCAAGUCUGGUAUGGCAAAGUCUAUUCACCAUGCCCGAGUUCUCAUUAGGCAGCGUCACAUCAGAGUUGGGAGGCAGGUAGUGAACAUUCCCUCAUUCAUGGUGAGAGUAGAUUCUCAGAAGCACAUUGACUUCUCACUCACAAGUCCAUUCGGUGGUGGUCGUCCUGGACGAGUGAAGAGAAGGAACCAGAAGGCAGCUGCUAAGAAGGCUGCUGGUGGAGACGGCGAUGAGGAGGAUGAGGAUUAAAUGAUGCGAGUUUAGAUCUUCUCCUUAGCAUUACUAGUAGAACUUUUUUUCCUGGCACUCUUGCAUUUUGAAAUUUUCUUGCACUAUUUUAAUGUUAUGAACUUUUCAAAUGUUUGUUUCAGCUUCUUUGUCUGGGUGUUUAGGAGAUGUUGUGUAUCUUUUUGACUCUCGGAAGAAUUUAAUUUUUCUUUCUCAGUAACACACACCUAUCUGGUUGUUUUUAAGUUCUUGUUUCGGAAAGGUCUUGAGAA